AUGUUUGACAAUUUGCAACCACACGAAGAGAUUCCCGCCAAAAAGCUUCGCCUGACAAAACCCAGCAAGUCUGCGGCUCUUCACAUCGACCUGUGCAAAUCCAGCAGCCCCACCGAGGCCCUGCAGUACCUGCUGCAGUUCAAGAAACCUGUGGAGGCCGAGAGCGUGGAGGGUGUCGUCCGCAUUCUGCUGGAGCAUUAUUAUAAGGAGAACGAGAGUUCGGUCAGACUGAAGAUCGCCUCCCUGAUCGGCCUCCUGUCUAAAACUCCCGGCUUCGCAGCCGACAGCAUUGUGGAUGAGGUCAUCAUAGCCCUCAGCAAUGAGAAGUCUCACCAGGUCCUCGCACAGUUAGUGGACGCUCUCCUGGUCAUCGGGAAACAGCUCCAAGAAAACCUGCCUGUCUCUUAUCGACUGGUUGAGAUCGCCUGUAAGCACCUGACGGACACGUCUCAUGUAGUGAGGAACAAGUGCCUGGAGCUGGUGGGCUGUUUGGGUUUACUGGAGAAGCCAGGGAAAGAGAUGGAAAACCUGGCAGCCAGGGACGUUCAGAAGAUCAUCACCGAUUACUUCACUGACCAGGACCCUCGUGUUCGCACCGCAGCCAUGAAGGCAAUGUUGCAGUUGCACGAGCGAGGAAUGAGGUUACAGCAGACAAUCUACUGCCAGGUUUGCCAGGCACUGUCUGAUGAUUAUGAGCAGGUGCGGUCUGUGGCAGUGCAGCUUGUGUGGGUCCUGAGUCAGCUGUACCCUGACAGCAUCGUCCCCAUUCCCUCCUCCAACGAGGAAAUCCGGCUAGUGGACGACACUUUCGGAAAGGUUUGUCACCUGGUGAACGAUGGGUCCUGGUUGGUCCGAGUACAGGCUGCUAAACUACUGGGAUCCAUGAACCAGGUCAGUGUGCAGUUCCUGGAGCAGACUCUCGACAAGAAACUGAUGUCCGACCUGAAGAGGAAGCGCAGUGCCCAUGAGCGAGCCAAGGAGCUGUACACGUCGGGCGAGUUCUCAAGUGGCCGCAAAUGGGGGGAUGACGCCCCGAAGGAGCCGGUCAACACUUAUACCGUCAAUCUCAUCAACUCGGGGGCCUGCGGGGCCUUCGUGCACGGGCUGGAGGACGAGAUGUACGAGGUGCGGCUGGCUGCGGUGGAGUCUCUCUGUACGCUGGGCCAGGCCUCCGCCUCCUUCGCUGAGAAGUGCCUGGACUUCCUGGUGGACAUGUUCAACGACGAGAUUGAGGAGGUGCGUCUGGGCUCCAUCCACGCCUUGCGCCACAUCUCCAGCCACAUCCGUCUGCGGGAGGACCAGCUGGACACCGUGCUCGCCGUCCUGGAGGAUUCCUCCCGGGACAUUCGUGAGGCCUUGCAUGAGCUGCUGUGCUACACCAACGUGUCCACCAAGGACGGCAUCCACCUGGCGCUUGUGGAGCUGCUGAAAAACCUGGCCAAGUAUCCGACCGACAGGAAUUCCAUCUGGAAAUGCCUCAAGUACCUUGGGAGCCGGCACCCGACCCUGGUUCUCCCCCUCGUACCCGAGUUGCUGAGCACACACCCGUACUUCGAUACUCCAGAGCCAGACAUGGACGACCAGCCUGUAUCCUUGCCGUAUAUCGCGGUGUUGGUGCUGGUGUUCAACGCAGCCAAGACUUGCCCCACCAUGUCCGCGGCUCUUCUCCGACCACACGUUCGGCACUACGCCUACCUGCGGGACAGCCUCUCUCACCUGGUGCCCCCGCUGCAGUUGCCGGGGAGAAAGACCUUGGUGUCGGAUUCCAGCAGCCUGGCUCUGAGUGAGGACUCCUCUCGGCAGUUUGUACAGAAGAGCCUGGACCGAGUUCAAAGCAUUCAGCACCUGGAUGCACACGGGUCCCAGGACCUCCUGAAACUCACCACACGGGACUUGCAGAGACUGGGAGAGCUGCAGCCGGAGCUGGCAGGGAUUGCUGAAUUCUCUGCCACCUACCUGCAGUGCCAGCUCCUGCUCAUGAAGUCGCUACAGGAGAAGCUGUGGAACGUGGCAGCUCCGCUCUACCUGAAGCAGAACGCUAUGGCGUCAGCCGCUGCCAAACAGGUCCUGGCCUACACAUACGAGCUGGAGUUCCUGUACAGUGGGCUGGAGAGCCGGCAGCUCGUUAUCAUUCACCACGUGCGGCUCCAGGCUAAAGCCUUGCAGCUCAUCCUGAGCGCUUGCACCACCAGAGGCAUGGAAAUCCUCCUGAACAUGUGUGAGAAGUUCCUCCAGGAGCUCGAGGCAUUCACAAGGUGUUUUGCUGUGGAGCUGCAGCAGUUACAGGGGGGGUUUGUGGAGCGGCUGUUGGAUGUGAUGCCGCGGCUCGUGGCCUGUAAACCCACCGAGAUGGUGAAGAUCCUGCAGACCACCCUGCGGCAGAGCGCCUUCCUGCACCUCCAGCUCCCAGAGCAGGUUCACCGGGCGUCAGCCACCAUCAUCGAGCCCACGGGAGAGUCUGACAAUCCUCUGCGGUUCACCACAGGGCUGGUGGCUGUGCUGGAGCUGGAUGCCACACUACAGCACGUGAGUGACCCCCCCAACUCCAUCAAGGUGCAGGUUGUGUAUCCCGACGGCCAGGCCCACAUAAUCCAUCCCAAAGCGUCCGAUUUCCGCAAUCCUGGGCCCGGCAGACACCGAUUGAUUACCGAGGUCUAUCUCUCUCACACAGCCUGGACAGAGCCCUGCCAGGUGGAGGUGCGACUGUUGUUGGCGUACAGUGCAAGCGGCAGCCGGGGAGGGGCUGGGGCCAGGCCGGCCUGGGGGGACAGUGUGGACGGACUCCCCCAGACAGACACCACCAUUGAGGGCACCAUCAACCUCAGCAAACCCGUCAAGGUCUACCUGAUGCCCAAACCAGCCAGGCGCUGAGUUGAGCAGAGCCUGGGGGAGGGAAGUGGGGGAGAGCUCAGUGGUUAGAGCGCUCACCUCACGAGCGAGAGGACCUGGGUUUGAGUCCUGGGUUGGGAGAAACGUUAAAGUUUCCUUACUCCACACACAGACACAGACGCACACACCUCUGUUUAUCG